CGCAACGGACCCAUGUUUGCGCACAGUUGAGCCCGUGCGCUCUCGGUCUCUCGGUACCGUUAUGUCCUGGGAGCACCGCGGGAGGGAUGCUCAUUCACGGUGACUUAUUCUGGAAAGUGAUGCCCAGUUAGCACCUAUGGAUGUGAGGAUGGGUGACUCCCACCAGUACGAGUGAGUGGAAAGAUGCUGCUCGGAUGGAAAUUAUUCCUGUAUGGAUACAAAAAGAAGAAGGAGAUGGAUGUUGAAUGUGCCUCCUGCAGGUGCAGCAUGCUGAAGGGGACAGGUGUGAGCUUCAUCCUGCUGUGUCUGAUGGCAGAGGUCAGUCUCAGCGCGCAGCAGGUCUUGAGAAUCGGUGGGAUUUUCGAGACACUUGAGAAUGAACCGAUUAGCGUGGAGGAACUUGCCUUCAAAUUCGCUGUAACCAACAUUAACAGAAACAGAACUUUAAUGCCCAACACCACCCUCACCUACGACAUCCAGAGAAUCAACCUGUUCGACAGCUUCGAGGCCUCUAGACGAGCCUGUGAUCAGCUGGCUCUCGGUGUGGCCGCCGUGUUCGGCCCGUCCCACAGUUCUUCAGUGAGUGCAGUCCAGUCCAUCUGCAACGCUCUGGAAGUUCCUCACAUCCAGACCCGCUGGAAACACCCGUCUGUGGACAACAAGGACAGUUUCUACAUCAACCUUUACCCAGAUUACGCCUCCAUUAGCCGCGCCGUGCUCGACAUCGUGCAGUUCUACAAAUGGAAAGCAGUGACGGUGGUGUACGAGGACGCAACAGGGCUAAUUCGUCUUCAGGAGUUGAUCAAGGCUCCGUCACGCUACAGCAUCAAGAUCAAAAUCCGACAGUUACCGAUGGGAAGUAAAGAUGCUCGGCCGCUUCUUAAAGAAAUGAAGAAGGGGAAAGAGUUUUGUGUCAUCUUUGACUGCUCAUACCAGACUGCAGCAGCCGUCCUCAAACAGCUCUUGUCUAUGGGCAUGAUGACUGAAUAUUACCAUUUCUUCUUUACCACUCUGGAUCUGUUUGCAUUGGACCUGGAGCCGUACCGAUACAGUGGCGUGAACAUGACGGGUUUCCGUCUGCUCAACAUCGACAACACUCAUGUGGCGUCAGUGGUGGAGAAAUGGUCCAUGGAGAGACUGCAGGCUCCACCCAAACCCGAGACCGGCCUGCUGGACGGAAUGAUGACAUCUGAAGCAGCGCUGAUGUAUGACGCUGUGUAUAUGGUCGCUGCUGCGUCCCAGCGAGCGUCUCAGGUCACCGUCAGCUCACUGCAGUGUCACCGACACAAACCCUGGCGCUUCGGCUCACGAUUCAUCAGCAUGCUCAAAGAGGCUCAGUUGAACGGACUGACCGGACAGAUCAUCAUAAACAAGACAGACGGCCUGAGGAAAGACUUCGACCUCGACAUCAUCAGUCUGAAAGAGGACGGGAUGGAAAAGCAGUUUAUGGAAAGUGGUCGUUUUAACAAAGUAUGGAAGAAGAUCGGUGUGUGGAACUCAAACACCGGCCUUAACCUGACAGAUAGCAACAAAGACAAAAACACCAACGUCACCGACUCCAUGGCCAACCGCACUCUCAUCGUCACCACAAUUCUGGAAAACCCAUAUGUGAUGUACAAGAAGUCAGAUAAGCCUCUGUAUGGGAACGAUCGGUUUGAAGGCUACUGUUUGGAUCUCCUGAAGGAGUUGUCCAACAUCCUAGGCUUUUCCUAUGAAGUCAAACUGGUGUCUGAUGGGAAAUACGGAGCUCAGAAUGACAAAGGAGAGUGGAACGGCAUGGUCCGAGAGCUGAUCGAUCAUGUGGCAGAUUUGGCCGUGGCGCCGCUCACCAUCACUUACGUGCGAGAGAAAGUCAUCGAUUUUUCCAAGCCCUUCAUGACUCUGGGAAUCUCUAUCCUCUACCACAAACCCAAUGGCACCAAUCCAGGUGUCUUCUCCUUCCUGAACCCGCUCUCUCCGGACAUCUGGAUGUAUGUGCUGCUGGCUUGCCUCGGGGUCAGCUGUGUGCUGUUCGUCAUUGCCAGGUUCACCCCGUAUGAAUGGUACAACCCUCAUCCCUGCAACCCUGAUUCAGAUGUUGUUGAGAACAACUUCACCUUAAUCAACAGCGUUUGGUUUGGUGUUGGAGCUCUUAUGCAGCAAGGAUCGGAGUUGAUGCCCAAGGCUUUGUCCACCAGGAUUGUUGGAGGUAUCUGGUGGUUCUUCACCCUCAUCAUCAUCUCGUCCUACACGGCUAACCUGGCCGCCUUCCUCACCGUGGAGCGAAUGGAUUCGCCCAUAGACUCGGCCGAUGAUCUGGCCAAACAGACCAAGAUUGAGUAUGGUGCUGUGAGGGACGGGUCUACUAUGACUUUCUUUAAGAAAUCAAAGAUCUCCACCUAUGAGAAGAUGUGGGCGUUCAUGAGCAGCCGGAAGAACACAGCCCUGGUGAAGAAUAACAGAGAGGGAAUCCAGCGCGUUAUGACCACAGAUUACGCUCUUCUGAUGGAGUCCACCAGCAUCGAGUACAUCAGCCAGAGAAACUGCAACCUCACGCAGAUUGGAGGACUCAUCGACUCAAAGGGCUACGGAGUCGGCACUCCUAUUGGUUCCCCGUAUCGUGACAAGGUGACCAUCGCCAUCCUGCAGUUACAGGAGGAGGGGAAACUGCACAUGAUGAAGGAGAAGUGGUGGCGAGGAAACGGCUGUCCCGAGGAGGACAGUAAAGAGGCCAGCGCUUUGGGAGUGGAGAACAUCGGAGGAAUCUUCAUCGUGCUGGCGGCCGGACUCGUCCUGUCCGUGUUCGUGGCCAUCGGCGAGUUUAUCUAUAAAUCCAGGAGGAACCUGGACAUCGAGGAGGUGAGCGUGGGACAGUGUGAAUGGCACAAUAAAUACUGAUGGACAUCACAGGACUUCUGAGGACGUCACUGGGAGUUUUAUAAUGUACUUUUGCUCCUCGACCUUCUUAAAACCAGAUAUACUCUGACUAAACAACACUUAAAUGAUGUUAGCCGUGUGAGAAUUGGUGGCGACGUUGGACGCUGAGCAACAUUUUCAACAUCAACUUUUUUUUUUUUUACAUUUUUCAGAUGGACAAACAAUAAGAUGAAAAGUAUCUGUCAGUAAAAUAUGAAUAAAGACAGGAGUGUAAGUUCGCAGUUCAACUAUUACACCAGUUACUAUAUUGUAGAGUAGUUCACAUCCAUGUAGUGUGUAUUUAGAUUUAAAGACUGUCUUUACAGACAUAUUCCUCCUUAAUUUAUGACAAGACAUGUCUGUGAGUUUUAUUAUAGGUGAUGUGUGUAAUUUUUCCAUGUUAAAAUUAGUCAAUUAUACAUCAUUCAUUCAUAGGUUGAUUUUCCCGAAGAGUGCAACCAACAUUAUUCUGUUUUAUUUUGUUUUAAACAUUUUUGUUUGAAAUGAAUUACAAUUGCACAUUACAAUUUAUUGCAAUAAUGGGGAAGUC